CCCACUCGUGCUGCCGCUCUACUGUAAUCAUAUGAUAGGGAGUCGGUCCCCGCUGCAGAAUACCGACACACCGGGCGGACACAAGCGGAGCAGCCGGGGCGGAGGAGACCAGUUGAUGGCAAAGCUGUAGCCGGUGGCUGAAGAAGUCUCGGUUAGAGUGUCAGGCAGAGACAGACUCCCCCCGCCACGCAAAUAGGAACUUUUCCAAACUCCGGAGAGAGUCGGGCUGAGGGGGGAACCGCUCCGAAGAAGACUCACAAACCGAAUUGGAGUCGAUUUAACCCGGACACUUUUACUCUCAGAGGGUCGCGGCCGGUGGAGUCCCCCCUGGAAUCUUUUUCGGGGUUAGUUUAAAAUAUAUAUUUUUAUUUAAAAAAAAAAAAUCCCCGUUAUUUUAUUUUUUUAUUUUAAAAAAGAAGGAAGAUGGUUGGGGAGACAGAGGUGAAGGAGAGACCCAAGUCCAACCCGGACUAUCUAAUGCAGCUGAUGAACGACAGGAAGGUGAUGAGCUCGCUGCCCAACUUCAGCGGCAUCUUCACGCAUCUGGAGCGGCUGCUAGAUGAAGAAAUCGGCCGGGUACGCAAGGACAUGUACAACGACACACUGAACGGCGGCAUGUUCAACGGCCGGGACAUGGAGGAGCUCCCCGAAGCCAUCGGCCCCGUGGCCCAGCUGCAGGAGAAGCUCUACGUGCCUGUAAAAGAGUACCCCGACUUCAACUUCGUAGGGAGGAUCCUGGGCCCACGUGGGUUGACGGCCAAACAACUGGAGGCAGAGACCGGCUGCAAGAUUAUGGUGCGAGGAAAGGGCUCCAUGAGAGACAAGAAGAAGGAGGAGAUGAACCGAGGGAAGCCCAACUGGGAGCACCUCAGCGAGGACCUCCACGUCCUGAUCACGGUGGAGGACACACACAACCGGGCCAAGAUCAAGCUCCAGCGAGCCAUCAACGAGGUCAAGAAACUUCUGGUGCCCGCUGCUGAGGGGGAAGACAACCUGAAGAAAAUGCAGCUGAUGGAGCUGGCCAUUCUGAACGGGACCUACAGAGACGCCAAUGUCAAGACGCCCACCGCCGCCUUCCCUCUAGCGACCCCUCAGGCGCCGAGGAUCAUCACAGGCCCGACGCCCGUCCUGCCCCCCACCUUGCGCAACCCCGCCCCCGUCACCACGCCCACCAUCAUGCCUCUGAUCCGUCAGAUCCAGAGCUCCGCCCUCGUGCCGGGAGGCAACCCGCAUCCGGCCCUGGUGCAGCAAGGGCCCGAAUCCGGAAUCAUCUACACGCCCUACGAGUAUCCCUACACACUCACGCCCUCCAUAUUGGAAUACCCGAUUGACUCAACUGGAGUUUUAGGUAUGGCUUUCCCAACCAAAGGCUAAGCGAUAGCAACCCUUCCUAGCACACACACGGACUGGCUUGCAGAGACCACCCCCACCCCACCCUUCCAACCCCUCCCCUCCCAUCCCUUCCCCUCCCCUCUCCCCUCCCCUCCCUACGUACUCGUCCCCACACAGCAAAUACUCAAAGUUUGCUUAUACUUUAGGAUGUCAGAUUCCUCGACAGUCAUUCUGUAGUCAAGUGUCCAUUCCUGUUAAUUUCCUCUUUGUAUUAGCAGACUAGCGUUGUGGUGUGACAGCUACUUAACUUUUUUUUAAUAGUUCAGCUUCCGCUUGUAAUUUGUUAACACAUUUUAGUGAACCCGUAGAUAUUAUAGAGCUGCUGUUUGUGAUUUAACAUAUGUUAAAGCUUAUUCUGAUCACAGAGCUAUUAGAGUGACUUUGCUUACAGCCGAAUCUACUAGUGAAGCUUAGUGAAGAAGUUAGCGGUUUGGGUUAAUAUUUUCUCUAGAGAACAGAAGACCACAAAACAACAUAAAUUCUGUCUCUUAGACGAUUUUUUAUUUUUUUAUUUUUUAUUUUUUUCACUUAUUUUCACCCUCAGCCUUGAACACUUCUGUAAAUUCCUGGUUUCACUGAUGUUGGUGCCAUGGGUGGGCUGUCUGAUGUCUUUCUGAUGAGUAACCUUCUGUGUUCUGUUUUGGGCGAUGUCAAUGGCUGUUAGCAGGUGCCAUGACCACUAAGGUACGACGCCACGACAAGAGAAUCCAUCCUUACCAAAGGGUAGUGACCACAGACAGAGGUUAGUUAGCUCACCAGCCACUUUAUGUGUAUGCGUGUGUGUGUGUGUGUCUGUGUGUGCGUGCGUGUGUGUUGGCGUGCGUGUGUGUGCAUGCAGACCAAUGGACCAAUUUCAGUUUACAUGUGUCUGUAAUACGGCAUGCCUUAAAGAGAAAUAACGGUAUCAGGCGAAAAGGUCAGAAGCCUUUUCCGUGUAAAAUGUGAAAACAGUAUUUGUAGUGAAAGUGAAAUGGGUGAGGAGGUCGGGAGGAACCAUGUGAGGGGGCGACAGCUGCGGCGGUUUAUCUUUGCCCGCCUGUUAGCUUAAACUGGACCCUCUCAAUUAGAAUGGAUCGCUCCGUUCAUGUGACUCGGUCCUUGUGACUCUGGAUUUGGAGUCCUCGCUCAGAACGUAUUUGUUGUUGUUUAUUUCUUCAGUACUACUUUUUUGACCCUACACAUGCUGUGGGAAGUUUUAUUUAUGCCCAACUUCAUUCCACUAGAUUUCCACAGAUGUUUUUUUUUUUUUUUUCCUUUUUUUAUUACUACCUUUAAUUAAAAUCCUGUGUUAUGCCCACUUACUACAUGACACUUCAAGUAAACGUGAUUGUCUUUUUCUAAAGGUCAUUCAAUUCAACGUGAUCUUUAGUUUUUACUACUAAAACACAGCGUGUGAUAACUACUGAAGUCUGUGUUACAAGCUCUUUUGUAUGAAAUACUGUUGUUUGUGGUCUUAUCAGUUGCCCACUGGACUUUAUCAUUGGGGCUGUUUACAUCUUCCAUUUAUUUCCUAGCCAGAGUGGUGCUGUUACCAUGUAUUUAGCUGCAAAAUAAAUUUGUAUAUAGGGAUUUUAAGUGCUUAUAUGAAGCUUAUGGAACAAGAUCGCUUGGAAAUACUUGUAGUUUUUUGUUUUUAGUUUGUAAAUUUUUAUUUUUGUUUUUAUGGUAUGCUUUUUAUAGAUGAAGUGUCUCCAUGUAAA